AGCCACUCACUCACCGCUGUUGAACUGUGUGUGUGUGUGACGCUGCUGACACCGAGUGCUUGUGCUAUACACUGAGAGUUAUAUAUGGAACUGGUGAUGCAAUUCAUCCCUUAGAAAGCCUUACUUGUGCUAUACCUUGCUGAUACACGUCAAGAAAACGCUAUACACUGGACGUUUGCCUCAACAAUGAUGAAUGUUAUUAUCACGAAUAUUGACGUCAUGCACUGAACACUACCUGCCGAUACUGUGUCUUGAAGCCACAUUUAAGUUACGUACGAAAAUUUACUGUUUGCGACGUAGUGCUGCUGUCUUACCUGCUGAAGCAAUAACUAACACGCUGGACGCAUGUGUGAGUUUGUGAACUUACAGUACAGACAGUAGCACGCUGGUCUGCCACACCGACGAGGAGACGCGAGUGAGGAAGUCAGUUAGGAACAACUAAAUAAUUCACAAGAAGACGACGAAACAUUUCUUGUGUUUUGCCGAUGAUCGUGACCAGUUAUUGUAGUGUGUGUUAACGUGAUGGUGGUGGUAUACAGUACACCGCAGCUGUGAUGUAGUACACCGUAGCUGUUACGUAGUGCACCAUAGCUGUUACUUAGUGCACCGGAGCUGUUACGUUGUUCACCGGAGCUGUUACGUAGUGCACCGCAGCUUCCUCAAAAUUACAUGUCGUUUACUCAGCUUGCCAGGGAGGAUCUGAAGCAGCUUGGUGACUGGUACUGGUACGGUGUUUUCCUCAACAAGUUUCAUUAUAAUUCCAAAACUUCAUUUCGCCUUUACAAUAUUAUUGACUAUUAUUUUGUUUUUAACUUAACCACAUCAGAAAGUUCCAAAGACCAGACAGGAACUUAGUACGUGUGAAAGUUUCUGAAUGUCACAGGAAAGUUUAUAACUUUCCUCCAAAGAAACGUAAGAGACAAAAUACAUAUAAGAAAUUUAGGAAAUCACAAAGAAGCCAAAACUUUAUCAAGAGUUUUACAAAACUUAGAAAAGAGUCUUUUGAAAACUAACAACACCUACCAAAAGACUAACAGAGGAUUACGACUCUGCAGCAGCUCAACAAAGUACCAAAGUUUUCGAAAAGUCUAGCAACUUCUCCCUCAGGCUGAUCCAAGAUGGCAACGAGCACUUACAGUGAGAUCCCUGGCGUGUACAGCGAGAGCCCGCGACCACUGGCCACACUCAGACGCACACUCAGGACUUACCGCUACUGUGUCGCCGCCACCAUGAUGUUGGGUUUGGUGAUUACCUUAGCCAUCGUGGUGUCUGUGAUGAUCGGGAGCAGCUUAACGGCCACCCAGCAGGACCCACCAACUGACCCGCCAGCCAAUCACAGCCUGGUGACCCUAAUGUCUCUUACCUGGCCUAGGAGAGAUCAGUAUUGGUACACACUUCGAUGGCAGCGGAGCAGAACUAUGACCCCAGAUGACCCCCACAAGAGGCAGUAUGACGAUGACCCCCUCAAUCCUGAUGACCCCGACGGCCCCGAGUGGACGAGCCCCGACCACUCCACUUUCCCCGACAACGACACCUGGAACUGGAACCGUCGGCCGACCAAACUACCCGACUGGUCUAGUGAUGACGUGAGAGAGUCUUUGGUUCACGGAUCGACGAAGGAACAGCAGAAGACGCAGGUGGAGGAGGAGCUGGCCAAGAGGAACAUGAGUCUGGUGCCUGGGUCUGCCUCCUACAAACACCAGCACACGUUCAGGAAGACGGACCCCCUGGCCACCACCAUGGCCAAACAGGGCUACCUCAUGGACCAGGCCACCACCACCAUGAAGGACAGGAUGAAUCUGACGAGGGAGGCGGCGACACUGGACUCACAGUGGGUAGGAGACUUGUCCUCCAGCGUCUACUGCGACAAGGGGCGUCAGCGACCCCUGCCGAGCCCUUGUAACCCCGCCUCCAAGUACAGGAGUGUAGAUGGCACCUGCAACAACCUUAAGAACCCCACCUGGGGGGCCUCCUUCACCCCCUUCAGGAGAGCGCUGCCUGCAGACUAUGGCGACGGUGUGUCGUCACUCCGUGUAGCGUCUGACGGGGGGGAGCUGCCCAGCGCGCGUCAGGUGAGCAACACGGUGCACAAGAACAAACUGGCAGAGUCCCACUCCUACACUGUGCACACCAUGAGUUGGGGGCAGUUUGUGGACCACGACAUUACCCUCACCGCUCUCUCUAAAGGCUCUGGGGGUCGUAGCAUUCCGUGUUGCAGCCAGGAGGUGUUGCAGCAGCCGUCUCUACUACACCCAGAGUGUGCAUCUAUCCCUAUCCCUCCUGAUGACCCCUACUACUCUACCUACAACCAGACAUGUAUGGAGUUCACCCGCUCUGCCCCAGCACCCAAGUGUCACUUCGGUCCACGGGAGCAGCUCAAUCAACAGACCUCCUUUCUGGACGGGUCGGUCAUCUAUGGCACCUCCGACCACCAACUGGCCUCCCUACGUGCCUACCAUGAUGGCCUCCUCCUAUCCCAGGUGACACUGGAUGGUCGAGAACUUCUACCACCAUCAAAUGACAGAGAGGAUGGUUGUAAUGUCCAGGACCAGUACAACUAUGACCGCUUCUGUUUUAUCUCAGGAGACACACGGGUGAAUGAGCAGAUCCUCCUCACCAUCCUCCACACGGUGUGGGCACGUCAACACAACCUGCUGGCCAUCACCCUCAAGGACCUCAACCCUGACUGGAACGAUGAGAUACUCUUCCAGGAAGCCCGCAAGAUCGUCAUCGCCCAGAUCCAGCACAUCACUUACCAUGAGUACAUCCCCAGCAUCCUAGGACCCACAUUUAUGAAACACCUGAAGCUGAGCCCACAAAUGGAGGGUAACCACACCACUGACUAUGAUGAGCUCCUCCACCCAUGUAUUGCCAACGAAUUCGCUGCUGCUGCUUACCGUUUUGGUCACAGUCAAAUCCAGGGUCUGGUGCAGAAAAUUGAUGGGCCAGGCAAGAAUGUGGAGUUCUCCCAGUUAAACAGCAUCACCUUCCACCCCUUCCCCCUCUAUGACCAGGGACACAUGGCCAAUCUGGUGCGUGGGGAAGGUACUCAGAGUGCUGCUGCUGUUGACACCUUCUUCUCCACACAGGUAACGGGAAAGCUGUUCCGUGGGGACAACAAGUUUGGGCUGGACUUAGUAUCUGUAAACAUCCAGCGAGGGCGUGACCAUGGCAUCGGCCCCUACAACCGCUGGCGGAUGUACUGCGGUCUCCAGCCAGCUUCUAAUUUCUCUGACCUCGCCCAUGAUAUGGACAUUGGUGCCCUCAGGAGCAUCAUGAACACCUACAGGCAGGUGGAUGAUAUAGACUUCUACACUGGAGGUCUGGCUGAACGACCCAUCAAAGAUGGGCUGGUGGGUCCAACCUUUGCUUGUCUCAUAGCUGACCAGUUCCUCAGACUCAAGCAUGGUGACCGGUAUUGGUAUGAGACCCAAGACCAACCCCAGGCUUUCUCCAGAGAACAACUUGCGGAGGUUCACCAUACGUCCCUAUCGAGGAUCUUGUGUGACAACGUACCAGAAUUGGGGUCUAUCCAGCGCUGGCCUCUCAGGAACUUUGCUACCGGCAACCCCAGACUACCAUGCUCUUCUCAGUCCAUCCCGAGGGUCGACUUGGGGCCCUGGGAGGAAGGCGACUUAUAAACAAUUCUACGUGGCCAUAAGAGUUAACACUUUUGAGAAAUUUUCUUUAGAUUUUAUUUGUUCUUAUCAAUUGUUUGAGUCUUCCUCACUGCUGAGAGCAGGUUUAUAGGAUGUGUAGUGUGUAUAGGAUGUGUAAUCAUAUGCUUAAGCUGUAGGUUUUUUUUUUUUUAAUCAAAUUGUUUCUAUGAUUCCCAGAGUGAACUUCACUGCCAGUAAUAAUGUUUGAGGAUAUAUAAUAGAUUUCUAUGUUCUGGGAUGUGUUAUAGGAUGAGAUCUAAUAUUUGUUACAGGAUUUAUUGAAACUUUCUUACUUGUUCUAUUACUGUAAUUGCUAGAGUUAGGUUAAGUGGUGGGAAGAUGAAUUAAAGCUGUAUAGGAUGUUUAUUCUGUAGAAUGUUUCAAAAGGGACAAAUGCUCAGAAUCUAUCUAAUCCUGGUAGGAACAAAGGUUGAAAAGGGAUAGUUAUACUGUAGUACAGUACACAUGUUGGGUGAGAUCUAACUUGUAUAUAUAGGCUGUUUUGAACCUUAUUUGUUCCUGUCACCUCAUAGGCUGUCAGUACUGAGAUGACAGAAGCAUAAAGGGUUACUUACGGUGCAACAUAUUAUACGAUGUGAAAUAUUUUAAGGAUUUUUAGAAACCUUUUAAUAGUAUGGCAGCCAAGUGGAUGUAGCACUUUUUCCUGACAGAAUAGUCUCAGGUUUGAAUUUCGUGACCAGCCACAGAAAGGGGCACACCAAGAACUGGUACUCUUCCCAACUUAGCAGACAAAUAAGUGAAAAGCAUUAGAGUACAGUGCCAGUCAUACUGUCUCCUUGUGUACCCAAGGCUUAUUAGUCUUCAGUUCUGUGUUCACACUGCCUGUUUUGGAGCAUCAAGCCUGUGGAACCCACUUCAUGUUUGGAUGGAGGUCAGUUCUUAGUUGGAGAGGGUGGUUAUAGUGGACAUUUGUGAUAAAGGAUGUACAGUACUGUAGGAUGUAAGCAUUAGGGCUGCCCACUGUCACUUUUGGUACUUUCUUCAUUGGACAGGCAUUGUACUUAGAAGACAGGACAACUACCAUAUUUUCUGUCUUAUUGUUUUUAUAUCAUUUUCACCACUUACCAGCUUACUACCCAUUCAGGUGGUUAGUAUGGUAGUGAGGGUGACACUGGAUAACACCCUUCUCACAUGUGUCUAGGUUCAAGCCCUUGGACAUAUUGGUGAGAGAUACACUGUACUACCACCAACACUUUUUUUCAAAAAAAUAUCUGUAAAACUCACUUGCGUCUCAAAUUGCUGAAGGUUAACCCUUAGGGGGAUGGGGACACUGACUAAAACCCAAACCUUAAUUUUUAAAGAGAACAGCCUGGGUUAACCAGCCACCUAACAAAAAUUGUCUAUUGAAAAAAACUUACUUCUUGCCUCAAGAAUAUAGCAAAUUGUGUGGAAGAAUUGCACUUUUCCAUUUAAGGUUUUUUCUAAAGAUAAAGAAGGCAUCAGUGCUGGUGCUCUGUUUACAUGAGCUUUCAGAUACAUCGUUUUAGUCCGUUAACGAUUCAUAGACAAUAAUGACACUAUUCCAUUUCAUGUACCUGAUAAGAAACAACAGCAACAGCUUUAUAAUUUAUUUUAAAGUCAGUGGAAUAUCCCAAAAUUGGAUGACACUUACUGUUAAUAAUAGUUGGUCGGAUUUCUGUAGGUCACACAGUGGGGAUCACAUGCUACAUCGCGUCAGGUAACAGCAACACACCUUGUGCACAUUUCUAGUCUUCUGUGUUGCUGCAUUACACACUAUGUACCAAGUAAUUACAAAGACUAUUAUGAGUUUACCUUAAGAUGAAAAGAACAUUAUAAUUAGUAACUGUA